GAUGGGUGGAUGGAUGGGUAGAUGGAUGGAUGCAUGGAUAGAUGGAAUGAUUCAGGAGUCAAAAGGAAGCUUAUGCUCCAGGAAUAACACUCAGCUGCCCCCAAAGGGGGGGAUGCCCCCAUCUUCCAGGUUCAAGAAGGAGCUCUGCAUACAAAGAGGAAGAGCACAUCCAGUGUAGGCACUAUGACCACCCUUCCUGGCCUCCAGCCCUCCACAGACAAGGGCCAAGAGGGUGCCUGCACACUGAAGGUACAGCAGACUUCCUCAGACCUUCUCUCCUCCAUAAACAGAGGUCAAUGGGGUAUCUCACACACGUACCCUCCCUAGCUUCAUAAAAAGCCACAGCUUCACCAGCACUGACUGUCUUGAACACACCAGGACUAACUGUAUUGUAUGUUUUUUUCCUGUUUAUAAGCAGUCAUGCCAAACAGCAAGCCCCACAGGUAUCUUCAUAGUCCUUGUUUUUCCCCUGCCUCCCUCUACUCCCAUCUCCUGAAACACUCCCUCACAUCUCUAAAACUCACAGUGCAUCAAAGGCAAAAUACCCUGUAUCUUUCAUUUCUUCUCUGCACGCUGCCUUCAGCCUGGAACAGGGCUCUGAGGCAGUCUGAAGAGCUAAGAUGCUGAGGGGCAGGUCCAGGCUUAGCCAAAGGUGGGGGUGGGCCGCAGCUGGAACUCCGGACCCAGAAGCAGGUUGUCAGGUUCAUGAUGUUGGGGUGCCCUCUGCUGCCCAUGAUUGGCCAUGGUGGCAGAUUGGAUUAACCCACACUGAGGGCACCCAGAAGGGAUCAGCUAAUUAGACGUAAAACUGGUUCCGAGUCCAAGGUCCAAAGAGAUAAAUGAGAACACUGAUAAAUAAGCCAAACAUUUCAGCAACAAACAGGGACCCAAGGAUCAGGCACUUUGGGGGCUGGGGGGUGGUAUUUGUAGCAUAAUCUGUGACAAGAAAGAGUGUGAGCUCAAUCAUGUGUCCUUGGCGGGGGUGGACACACAUCCUUUUCCGAGGGCACUAACCCUACCCUUGCCUCGGUCUGUGUUCUCUCUAAUCCGGCUUUCUGUUUGCCCUCCCAAAGACUGAUCACCUGGGGAAAUAGUCAAUUCAACCCUCCUCCCUCCUCCUUCCCCAACAUAGAGAUGGGGGCAGGGAACAUGGUGAAACCGCAUGGAUCUGGUUUUCAGGACUGCCUAUCUGUCUCCUACCCAUGUGACCUUGGACAAUUUAUUUAACCUCUCUAAGCCUCAGUGGCCUCAUGUGCAAAAUGAGAGUGAAAAUCUCUACUCCCCGCUGGGAGGAUUAAGUGAAGUGGGGCAUGCCAGGUGCUGACACACGGCACGUUCUCCACACUUUCCCUUUCUCUCUUUUUUCCUUCACACGGAUUCAAACCUUACCGAAUUCAGCUCUGCUCCAGACCCCGCCCUCCACCGCCCUCCCCUUCAGCAAACACCGAGGGAGGGGCCGUUGUCUCUCCUCCUCCGCCUGCUAAAGUGGUCAGAGUCCAGAGAGCUGAGGGCCCAGCGUGAAUGACCAGGAAGGAGACUGUCUCCGUUCAGCCUCCGAAGCCCAACUGCCCCACUGAGAGGAUGAAGGUCUCCGCGGCUGCCCUCUCUCUCCUCAGCUCACCAUUAUUUCUGCCAUUCACAGCCAGCCAAGUGAGUCCACCUGUCCCUGAAGGGCGGCAGUGAGGAAAGGGAACGGGGCAGCGAGGUGAUGCUAAGAGUGCUGUCAGGUCUCUGUCACCAGCCCUGGGGCCUCUCCCCUCCUGCACACAGAGCUGCUGCCUUCAAACUCUUCGCUUUGCUACCAUCAGUCCCUGCUGAUAAAUGGCUUUGCCAUCAGAAAAGCGGAAUGCAAGAGAUGGGACAUGGAAGUGGGCAGCCAUGGGCUCCCUCUCUACCUCCUUGGCUCAGCAUUCAACGUCAUUCCCUCAGAAAUUCCUGAGUCGGUGAACCCUCCACCCACCUGCUGCCUGAAGUAUCAUGAGAAAGUAUUGCCAAGAAAAGUGGUGGUGAGAUACAGAAAGGCCCUCAACUGCUACCUGCCAGCAAUCAUCUUCAUCACCAGAAGGAAACGAGAGAUCUGUACCAACCCCAAUAACGAAUGGGUCCAAGAAUACAUCAAGGAUCCCAGACUACCUUUGCAUCCUUCCAGGAAGUUGGUCUAGGUUAACAUUAUUCGAUCUGAGAAAGGUCAACCCCAGAUCCUCAACUGCCCAUGGUGGUCAGGCCUCAGUGGGAGCCCAAGUUUGGGGGAAAAGUGGUGCAACCUUGUGAAAACGCAGGCAGCCUUGUGGUCUGAAUGACAGAGUUACAUUCAGAGAAGCAGGCCAGUGAUCCCACAAAGUAAAGUGUUUCAAAUAUAUUCUCAAUCUCUGGAGGACAUGCCAAAGUUAAGGGAGGAGAGCAGGGAUACAUUCUUAAUGCACAGAAAAGCAUCUUUCACAUCCUCCUCCUUGCUCUGCUUUCAGGUCCUCACAUCACUCCAGCCGUUCUAAAUGAUCAGACCACCUCUGGCUUCUCACUCACUGAGACCCAGAGGACUCAAGACUUUUCCUGUCCACCCUUAUCCCUUUUCUAGGUCUCUUUUUUCUUCUAUUAUCUUUUCUUUUAAAAAAUAACAUUUUUCUUAGCAGGCCAGGGUGGGAAUAUUCAAAUACUAGUGAUUUUUGUCCCUGUUGCAGAGGUUUUGCUUGAUCCCCUGAUAUCGGGUCUUCCCCAGGGUGACGUGUGUACAGACAGUGCCAAAACAGAAAAGGAGGUGUGAAUCCCUAGCUCCCGCUCUAAGCUUUGCAUGGCAAGGGAAGGGCAUUAGACCAGGUUGGAGAUAAAAAUCUUGAUCUAAAAUGCAACCAUUCAAUAAAUAAAAUUUGCUUUAUUGCCAACUUGAUUUCUAAUUUCCUGC